AUGGCUCCCGUCACGCAGACGGAAGAGUGCGACUAUCUUGUCAUCGGUAUCGGUAGUGGAGGGAUUGCUUCAGCCCGUAGAGCAGCAAAGCAUGGCGCCAAGGUCAUUUCCAUUGAGUCGAAGCGAUAUGGUGGUACCUGCGUGAACGUGGGUUGCGUGCCUAAGAAGAUUACCUGGAAUGCGGCAUCUAUCUCGGAGACCUUUAAAGAUGCCAGGGCAUAUGGAUUCGGAGGAUACGACACGCCUACCUUCGACUGGCCGUUAUUCAAGAAGAAGCGGGACGCGUACGUCAAGAGGCUGAACGGCAUCUACGAGAACAACCUGAACAAGGACGAGAUCAAGCACUUCAAGGGCAGAGCUAAGUUCGUUGCGAAAGACGAGGUCGAUGUGGCACUGAACGAGGGAGGCACCCAGAGGAUAAAAGCGAAGCACAUCCUAAUCGCCACAGGCGGGCGUCCCAAUGUACCUAAGAUACCUGGAGCCGAGCUCUGCAUUGACAGCGAUGGCUUCUUUGACCUCGAAGCUCAGCCCAAGAGCAUCGCUACCAGCGGUGCAGGGUACAUUGGUGUGGAGAUGUCGGGCAUGCUGCAUGCACUAGGAACGGACACUCAUUUCUUCAUUCGGGGCCAGAAACUUCUCCGCACGUUUGACCCCAUGAUUCAGGACACCGUAACCAAGGAGUACGAACGUCAGGGCGUCCACUUGUACAAGGGUGCGCAGAUUACAAAGGUGGAAGACAUUGGUAAUGGCUUGAAGCGAGUUACCUAUCAGGAGACCGAGAGCAAGAAGGAGGGUACUAUCGAGGUCGAACAAGUGUUGUUCGCCACGGGCCGCUCCCCGGAAAUCGAGGAUCUGCACGUGAAGGACCUUGGUUUGAAAUUGAACGACAAAAACCACAUCAUGGUCGACGAGUACCAGAAUACCAACAUCGGCAACAUCUACGCAAUCGGCGAUGUAUCCGAUAGCGGCUUCGAGCUGACCCCUGUCGCAAUUGCCGCAGGACGCCGGCUAUCAGACCGUCUCUUUGGCGGCAAGUCUGACGCUCAUUUAUCAUACGAGAACAUUCCCUCUGUGGUGUUUGCUCACCCGGAAAUCGGGUCCAUCGGUCUCACCGAACCUGCGGCCCGCGAGAAGUACGGGGAUAAGGUGAAGAUCUAUAAGACGGAAUUCACGGGCAUGUACUACGCGAUGAUGGAUCAGGAGGACAAGGGACCAACAGCUUACAAGAUCAUCUGCGUCGGCGAGGAGGAGAAGGUGGUGGGCUUGCACAUUCUCGGGCAGGGCUCUUCAGAGAUUUUGCAGGGCUUCGGUGUGGCGAUCAAGAUGGGCGCCACCAAGAAGGAUUUCGACAACUGUGUGGCUAUUCAUCCCGUUUCAGCAGAGGAACUAGUCACCAUGACCUAG